AUGCCAGCAACUGCUACUUCAAGUCCCAAUCCAGGUCCUUAUGCAGGUUGGACUCGCGAACGAUUGAUCGAGAGGUUAACUGAACUCGAGGGUGCCGCUGCCGAUGUGAAAACCAAACAAGAACCACCUCCACCCAAGAUCAGCAAAACGUUCGAUUUUUCAAAGUAUUCAAGGCGAAAAAUUGCCCUCAAAUUUUGCUACUCAGGAUGGGAGUACGGUGGUCUUGCCUUCCAAAUGGGUCCAACACCUCUUCCAACCGUCGAAAAUGUGCUUUUCGAUGCAUUAGCAAAGACGCGUUUGAUUGAUCCUGAGGCUGGGUUCGAGGGAUGUGGAUGGGAAAAGUGUGGACGCACAGAUCGUGGAGUCAGUGCAGGAGGUCAGGUCGUGUCGCUUUGGGUUAGAAGCGCAUUGCCUUCACAGGGUGCCCAAGAGGAGGUCUCUAAUGUAGAGAAAGUGGCAAAAGUGGAAGAUGUAGAAUCCCUCCCAGAAUCUGACGCCGACGGUCUUUUUGGGGAUCUGGAUUUCUCAUCGGAGCCUUCAUCAAAUACCUCAGUGCAGAAAGUCUCCCAGGUGCGCGAGCACGAUUACCUUUCCAUGAUAAAUCGCCUUCUACCAGACACCAUUCGGGUUACUGCCUGGUCUCCAGUCGAUCCAUCUUUCUCCGCCCGAUUUUCUUGCAAGUACCGGCACUACAAGUACUUCUUCUCUUCCCUACACCUCGAUAUACCCGCUAUGCAGGCAGCCGCUGCGAGAAUGAUGGGUGAACAUGACUUUCGUAAUCUGUGCAAAUUAGAUGCCCAGAAACAAAUAACAAACUUUCGAAGAACAAUAUUACGUGCCACCAUUGAACCAUUGGAGAGCGAGGAAAACGCCCACGGAAAUAUGUAUGUCUUCGACCUCGUCGGAACAGCAUUCUUGUACCAUCAAGUGCGACACAUCAUGGCCAUUCUUUUCCUUGUCGGAUCAGGCCUUGAGCCUCCGAGAAUUGUCACAGAGCUCAUGAAUGCUCAAGAAGGCGUCGAAGAUCUACGACCAGAGGACACCGAUGCUGUCACGAAAUAUGAAGCAAUUGAUCGAAAACCGGAAUAUCAAAUGGCUGAUGCCUUGCCCUUAAUGCUAUGGGAGUGCGGCUACGACGAAUCUGCGCUAGACUGGCAGACCUCAAAUUUGACUGAGAACGAUGCUAUCAACGGUGGUCUGUAUCGCCAACUUCAAGCAAUAUAUAACCGUUCUCGCGUUUUCUCUGCUCUCGAUGACCAUUUCAUUAGGGCCGCAGAGAAGCAUCAUCCUGUACCCCCGACACUUCUUCCACUAAAAAAUGGACUAGAAGGGCUGAACAACAUGAAGGAUUUACCUGAAAGGGAAAGAUAUAUCAACAUUCCUUUGGGAGGAGGGACAUUCAAAAGGAGCCUGAAGUAUGUUCCAUUGCUAAAACGAAAGAGGUUGGACACUGUUGAGGCAAUAAACGAACGCUGGCGAAUUUCGCGGCUCCAAAAAGACGGCAAGUCAGUAGAACCGUUGGAAAGAGCGGAAGAAGACGAUGGAAAUGAGUAG